CUGCAAGUGCCAGUUGCAGAGAGUCUAUGCUUUACCACGAAUAUACAAUAAAAGUUCAAUUUACUCUAUCUCAGUUGUGAAGAGACCUGGAGAUAGGACUCAUUAUUUCUUUUUGAAAAGAAAAGAGUAGCGGAUAAGUACGAGGGCAUCCACAUCUUAGGCGAGCGAAAAUGUCAUCAUUGACUGCGAUGGUGAGCGUCGGGCGUGCGCCGGCCAACCGCCGCUUCAUAAUCGCCACCACUAAACCGACCGCAGCUCAAGUAUCAAUUAGGAAACAGCCGGAGGAGGAGCUAGGGUUUUUGACUUCAGAGCUAAGUGGUGUCAAGAUUUCGAACAGCCACUGCCACCGUCCUCUUCAUCUCUCUGCUCCAUUUCGUCCUUGUCUACAACCCGUUGCCCGCAGAGUGUGUCCCUUAUUGGGUAAGAAGGCGAACAGGGCAAAUAAGGUUUCGCAUUCCAACCACAAGACAAAACGGUUGCAAUUUGUGAACCUUCAGUACAAAAAGAUUUGGUGGGAAUCUGGGAAACGCUUUGUCAAACUGCGCUUGUCAACAAAGGCUCUAAAGACGAUAGAGAAGAACGGACUUGAUGCUGUUGCUAAGAAGGCUGGAAUCGACCUUAGCAAAGAGUAGGAAUGGUUGUAAUCUCAUGUUUUGCUUUUGAUGAUAUAUAUAUGCUGUUGGGAUAAAUUGGUAUCUGUAGCUUAUGUAAUGCAGUCAUGUCUGCUUCCUUGAUCACAAGAAAUUACAAAUCACAUCUCACUUUUUGGUAUGUUUCAUCUGAUGUACCAUUCAAUAGUUAGUCUUUUUUUGUGAAAAAUUAAAAUAUCGGUACAAACUCAUUGAGGCUCCGUUUGGUAAUCAUAUUUUCAUUUAAAUAAGCGGAUUUUAUGUCU